GCGUCUGUAAUGGCUGCGAGGUUGGAUGAAGCCGAGUCCGACUUUCCGUCUCCCCUCCGUGGAAAUUGAGUCAAAUCCGAAACCGUUAAGCGGCGCUCACGCGAACUAAAAUGGUUGAUUACAAACCGGACAAGCUUGCGCAAAACCAGACAAACGGAGUGAAGUGAGUCUUACCCGAGCAGUCUGUACUGAGCGCAGUGAAGCGCGGGCCCCAUGGCUCUGAAGGAGAAGCUGGAGGCGGUGCUGAACGUGGGGCUGCGGGUCCCCAGCAUCAUGUUGCUGGACGUGCUGUACCGCUGGGACGUCAGCUCCUUCUUCCAGAAGAUCCAGCGGAGCAGCCUCAGCAACAACCCCCUCUUCCAGUACAAGUACCUGGCCCUCUACCUGCACUAUGUGGGCUACAUCCUCAGCGUGGUGCUCCUGACCCUGCCUCGACAGCACCUGGUCCAGCUCUACCUGUAUGUCCUCACGGCUCUGCUGCUCUUCGCCGGACAUCAGAUCUCCAGGGACUACGUUCGCAGUGAGCUGGAGUCUGGGUACGAGGGGCCGCUCUAUCUGGAGCCGCUGUCCAUGAAUCGCUUCACCACCGCCCUCGUCUGCCAGCUGGUGGUAUGCACCCUGUGCUCCUGCGUCAUGCAGACCAAGCAGAUUUGGCUCUUCUCGGCUCACCUGCUCCCCCUGGUGGCCCGCCUGUGCCUGGUGCCCCUGGAGACCAUCGUCUUCGUCAACCGCUUCGCCAUGAUCUUCACCGGCCUGGAGGUGCUGUACUUCCUGGCCUCCAACCUGCUAGUGCCCUACAACCUGGCCAAGACGGCGUACCGCGAGCUGGUGCAGGUGGUGGAGGUGUAUGGUCUGCUAGCGCUGGGGAUGUCCCUGUGGAACCAGCUGGUGCUGCCGGUGCUCUUCAUGUGCUUCUGGCUGGUUCUGUUCGCCCUGCAGAUCUACAGCUACUUCAGCACACGCGACCAGCCCACAUCCCGCGAGAGGCUGCUCUUCCUCUUUCUCACCAGCAUCGCAGAGUGCUGCAGUACCCCAUACUCGCUGCUGGGCCUGGUCUUCACUGUGUCAUUUGUGGCGCUGGGCGUCCUCACUCUUUGCAAGUUCUACCUGCAGGGCUACCGAGCCUUCAUGAACGACAACACCAUGCACAGGGGGAUGACAGAGGGGAUCACUCUGCUCAUCCUGGCAGUACAGACCGGCCUCAUCGAGCUGCAGGUCAUCCACCGGGCCUUCCUCCUCAGCAUCAUCCUCUUCAUCGUGGUGGCUUCCAUCCUUCAGUCCAUGCUGGAGAUCGCUGACCCCAUCGUGCUGGCACUGGGGGCCUCCAGGGACAAGAGUCUGUGGAAGCACUUCCGAGCGGUCAGCCUCUGUCUGUUCCUGCUGGUGUUCCCGGCCUACAUGGCCUACAUGAUCUGCCAGUUCUUCCACAUGGACUUCUGGCUCCUGAUCAUCAUCUCUUCCAGCAUUCUCACCUCUCUGCAGGUCCUGGGCACGCUGCUCAUCUACGUGCUGUUCAUGGUGGAGGAGUGGAGGAAGGAGCCGGUGGAGAACAUGGACGACGUCAUCUACUACGUCAACGGCACGUACCGGCUGCUGGAGUUCCUGGUGGCGCUGUGCGUGGUGGCCUACGGCGUGUCGGAGACGCUCUUCGGCGAGUGGACGGUCAUGGGCUCCACCAUCAUCUUCAUCCACUCCUACUACAACGUGUGGCUGCGCGCCCAGCUGGGCUGGCAGAGCUUCCUGCUGCGCAGAGACGCCGUCAACAAGAUCAAGAGCAUGCCCACCGCCACCUGCCAGCAGCUGCAGCAGCACAACGACAUCUGCGCCAUCUGCUACCAGGACAUGACAUCUGCCGUGAUCACUCCCUGCAGCCACUUCUUCCACGCCGGGUGCCUCAAGAAGUGGCUGUAUGUGCAGGAGACCUGUCCCCUGUGCCACAGCCAGCUCAAGAGCCAGCCCCCGCCCGGCAGCUCCGCCACGCCUGCCCAGGACACGCCCCAGCCCCCACUGCCCAAUCAGAGCCAGGAGGAGGCGGGGUCUGUGGAACCGGAUGUCUCUGGGUUCCAGGGGAACGCUGAGAGCCCGGGAGAGGUUGAUCCUGUCUCCCAGGCUGAACCGGGUGCCCAGCAGGAAGACACGGUUCUACCCCCAGCCCCACGCCCAGACCCCGAGUUGGAGGACGGACGGUCAGUGGACAGAGGGUGCUGGGAACGGCAAGCUCCUCCCCCCAUGUCAGAAUGCCAGGCAGGCCCCUGCAGUGGACAGCCCCCAUGCACCCCUCUCCCAGCUGGGCCUGGCCCUCCCACCGCUCCUGACCUCCAGCUGUGAGGCCGUGUCAGCAGCCAAGUUCACCCCGCCUACAGAGCUGCCCCUGCAAAUAAAACUUUCCUGGGUUUGAGGUCAUUGAGUAAAUGUUGUCCCCCCUCCUGCCACUUUGUCCUUCAGACCCUUCCACACAUUUCCACACCUACCUUCACCAUACCUCACCUACUCUUCCCCUACCACACCCUCUACACUGGCUGCGUCCCAAUCUGUAUUUUUGCUCACUAAACACAGACAGAAUGGCACUGAGUCACAUGGUCGAGGGUAUCCCUAUCCACAAAAGGAACUUUCACUCACCCUCAGUUGCUCCCUCUGAGUAAGUGUACUGACAUGGACCUUUCAGGCCUGGUGUAAUGUCUGAGAGUCCCAUUCAACCGCAGUGAAACAGAAAAACUCAAUGUGAAAAACAUUUACCACAGACGGUAUUGAAUUUUACUGUGUGAGUGAAUGUUUCUCAUGCCCACUCAUGAAACAGUGAUAACUCUGAGCCAAAUCUUUCCAGUGCGUUUUAAUUAGAAGUGAUCAUAAAUUGUGAGAAAUGACUGCAUUUGCAUUUAUUCACUUGGUAGGCACUCCUAUCCAGAGAGGCUUACAAAAAAUUUGUGGCAGGGUUUUAAGGCUCACACUAAUCACUGUGAUAUCAAUCUGGUUAUCAAGUGGCAUUUGUAAAGAGGUGGAAAAAUGAAACGUACAUCAAUCAUCAGUCUGUUUUGCAAUAAAGCCGGAUUUAGAGGUGACUGCUCUUUGCUACAGUCUAGUUAGCCCACUGACUUCAAUUAUAAACAGUGUGACAUUUAAAUUAUCGUUAAUACUGGAAGGCGAA